GUGCAUGCGCUGCCCGCUUUCCCUUAUUAUUCCCAAUGAAUGGACAUCUCUCUCAGGCUGGCAGGAAGUAGCAGUGAAAGCCUCCCUGUUCUAGGUGCCCUCAUCGUCCAUCCCAAAGUCCCCAUUAAGGCUGGCGGGAAAGGGGCUGUGCUGUGGGUGUAUAGUCAGGCCGGAGCUGUAGGGUUCCCGUCACUCUACAGUGUGAGUCUUAGUGAGAGUGCAGCAUCAUCCCGGUCAGAAAGGGAAAGAGACAGCAGAUGGCAGCUCGCUGGGGAUUAGACAGUCUCAUUAACCUUGUGUGGAGGGCGAGGCUCUGACUGUCUACUGACGUCUCUCCUCCCCCCCACUGGGCUUGUCUUGCCCUGCCCGGACUGCAGAGAUCCGGAGAGAGACAGCACCAACAGGGAAAGAGACAGUCUGUGUGGCGAAAGGAGCCCUAACUUCUAAAGCGAGAGCGAUAAGGAACUAUCGGAGAGUAGAAGUAAAUGUAAGAGGCGUCCCAAGCGGCCGAGCAGAGCUUACAGAUGAGGAUGGAGAGGAGGAGGGCCUCCUUGUGGGACGUGGGCGCCUUCCCCCUCCUCAGCUAGAGGUGCCUGGGACUUGGAUAGAACAUGUAUAGUCCUUAGCAAAGAAGGAAAGUCUCAGCAAGACUGCUGUCCCCGGGAAGUACAGGUGGUGAUACAUGACUUUGGAGAAGUUGCCAAAGGAUCCGAUCUCGUCCUGAUAAACCCACCUGCCUGAUUUUUGGCCAGAUAUCGGUCGGGGAAGCCCUACAGAGGGCCUCAUACAUUGGACAAUAAGCUGCCGACUUUGACUGUCAGAAGUUUUUAUUGGCCCAUGCAUGGCCACCUUUAGUUUGCUAGUGAGAACGCUAAGAUACUACUGGCAGGGAAGAGGAAUGAAUAAAGAUGGCGGAUCAAAGCCAAAUUCAGUCAUCUGCUUCCAAAAGUAUCCGGCCUUUCCGCUCCAGCGAGGAAUACCUGGAGGCCAUGAAAGAGGAUCUGACAGACUGGCUAAAUAUGUUGUAUGACCUAGACAUGGAGGCUGGCACAUUUUUGGAAUCACUUGAGGCAGGCUACAUUCUGUGUCAGCAUGCCAAUAAUCUCAACCAUCUAGCAAGAGACUUCCGGCAGCAACAUCCUGAAAUUGCUUCUGGAAUGAGGAUGCCCCAAAAAGAGGUGAUAUUUCAGGUUAAGGGAGCAAUGCCAGGCUCUUUUGUGGCAAGAGACAAUGUAUCUAACUUCAUUGCUUGGUGCAGGCAGGAGCUUGGCAUACCAGAGGUGCUCAUGUUUGAAACAAAUGACUUAGUACUUCGGAAGGGGGAAAAGAGCUUUGUUCUCUGCCUGCUGGAAGUGGCCCGCCGAGGGGUACGGCUGGGCAUGCCUGCACCCACCCUUGUUCAGAUGGAGGAGGAAAUAGAGGAGGAGAUUAGACGUGGAAAGAUAGGCAAUGAACAAGGACGUUACCCACCAACACCACUGGUUGCACGACCUGUUCGUACCCUAUGUGACCUUAAAAACCUGGAUGAAUUGGUCCGUGAGAUUUUGGGCUGUUGUCGAUGUCCCUCUCAGUUUCCAAUGGUCAAAGUGUCAGAAGGAAAAUACCAAGUUGGAGACAGUAACACUCUCAUAUUUGUGCGAGUGCUGCGCAGUCACGUGAUGGUGCGAGUUGGAGGAGGUUGGGACACCCUUGAACAUUAUCUGGACAAGCACGACCCAUGCAGAUGUCAGUUAGUCUCCCAUCGUAUGGGGGCACCCCGUACCUCUACCUUUUCUCCACAAAGAGGUUCUGGCUUUACCCCACCAAGAAGCUCAAGUCCAUCUCAGGGUCGCAGGUCUGAGGGAGUUGCCAGAAGUCUUUUACAGCCAGACACUAUGCCCGUGAAAGGAAACUCCUCCCGUUCCACCCCAGCACCCAUAACCAAUCCUCGAAACACCACACCAAGGGUCCCAGCCCCACAAAAAGAACGCUCAGGACUUCGAGGCAUUAACUCGUUCAGGCCUCCUCGCUCUCGCCGUUAUUCUGGUGACAGUGACUCUUCUGCCUCCUCUGUUCAGAGUGCCCCCGCAGGCAGAAAAGCAGGUGAAGCCAUGAGAACUGGACCCCGUGCCUCUGUAACUAGGAGCCAGUCUCAGGACAGAGGGCCACUGCUCAGACGAACACCAGCCUCCCAGCAUCCCAUUUCAGACCGUGGCAGAUCCCAGGGCACAUCUGCAGCUGCUGCUUCUGUCAGAAGAGCAAGAAGCCAAGGGCCGUCUAGUACCAAGAAGCCUGUCCUACUUAUUACACGUGACAAAGAUGGGCAGCACUCAUGGUCAAGCCCUGCCACGUCAAAGCCUCCAAACCCUCGUACGAAGACAGAGCCCCGCAACUCUCAGCCAUUUAAACAGAUGUGGAACAAGCCUGAACCUUUAGACAUACGCAAGGAACAACAGAUUUUCAGGAACCUGGAGAAGGAAUUUAUGGAAAACUCACGGCUCCUGGAGACCACUGAUCAUUCUGGAGUAGCACAGGGAUCUGGUUUGUUACCAAACUCCCCUUCUUGUGAGCCAGUAGCCAUUGACUCUGCUUACUGCUCUUCCAGCUCUUCUUCCUCUUCACUGAACUUUUAUAUCACUGGAGGUAGGGAACAGGUGCCAGAUGGACCCUCCGUAACACUUCCUACAGCAUCCUGGAGGCGACUUCCAGCUCUUUCUAGCUCUUCUGAUGAUAGCUCCCCCCAAGUUCCUGAUGAUGUGGAAGAGACUGCUGAGAAUGAAGAGCCAUGUAGUGGCUCUGAUCUUGGGGCAGAGGUUGAAGGAGUAACGCUAAGACAAAAAAAAACCUUAAAGCGCCCAGACAGGAUACCAUCAAUCUACAAACUAAAGCUGCGCCCUAAAGUCCGGCCUCGGGCAGACAAUCAGCCAGAUAAGAUACCCUCCCGCAUUCCAACACCACUAAGUUAUAGAACAGCUGAAUCCUCGCCGAAAUCUUCUCCUACACGGCGCCCUUGGAGAGUGAUGCAAGCUGUCUUCUUCUCUGAUCAGUCAGGAGGACAACGAGAACACACACUUGAGUGAGACACUGGCCGAGGAUACUACAACACUAUUGAAUACAGUUCUUUCCAUGGAGUCCUGCCAUUAAGAAUUUAUUGGUUUAUGGUGUUACAGGGAGUUUGCUCCUGAUAACAAGCAUGCUGCAUUACGACAAGGGGUUUGAUUGCACAUAAAAAUGCCCAGACAUGGGGCUCAGGGUUUCUCAGCAACACCUGUAUACACCCUGCAACAUAACAUGUUGGCUGUGGGCAUGUAGAAAUAUUAAGGUAUAUUUUCAACUAGAUCAUUAAUAGAGACUAUUGAUGUACACUUAUACAAUAUUACUGCAAAAGUGGGGGAGCAUGUGGAAGACAAAUCAUAUGCUACUGAAAUAUACCAUUCAGACAUGUUCACUGUAAUACUUAGUAUUUUGAGGUAGGGAGCUAUAUUCUGUUUUCAAAAGACAAGAGAGUGGCACUUUAGGGUUAGCAACCCCAAGUUAAAGUAUGAAUUAAUUACUUUAUUGUUCCCUUUAGAGUAAGCUGCUUGUGUGCUAAGUGGAUUUUAGUACCUGACAGUUAAAGAAUUGACUUAUAUGUGAUCCCUUAAGUGCCACAGAGACAGCGGCUUUUAGUUGGAAUCUCAUUGCACUAUUGGAAUUUAAGGUGGGCCCACUGCUUUUGUUCCACUCAGCUCCAGGUUUUGGGAUCUCAUAACUGGAUCAUUACAACAGCUGCAUAUUUGUCUUUAAGGGUGACUCUGUGCUUAUGUAACGAGAUUCUGAAAUAUUGCAGGGAAAUCUAGGGGUCAGAACAGCCACACUUCUCACUUCAUGGAGAUAUCAACACAAACUGGUAAGAAACAAUGCUGUUAGUGAAUGUACAUUUAUGGAUCACCUGUACUACAAAUGUUCUACCUGCUGCAUAAUGACAGAUGUAUCAGCAGUGGCUAACCUGGCUAAGUCUUCCAGUAGCAGAUGGGUUGGAGGCUUUUGGGAUUUGUAGUUUAGUAACAGCUAAAUAAUUCCACAUUGCCUGUUACUACAGUAGGGUCACUACCCCUAUUCUUUCCCACAGGCCUUGUUAGAAAAGUCUUUUAACUAACCUGAUAAAAGCAGUUUGCAAAGGACACUUUACCACUUACUUGAGCGGUUUAUCACCACUUAGUGCAUUUCUUUCCCAUUUAUACUCAGGGUUUGCUUUUUUUCUAUUAAGAUAAUGUGUGGGUAUCCCUUACUGUAUCAGGUAUAGUUGCCACGUGUGCUGGAUGAAUGUUCAAGGUUUAUGCUGUCUUUAUUCUAAUCCUCAAAAACGGCCCUGGGAGAGGUGAAAGUGUAUUUUUGCUGUCUCUGGUUUUAUAAUUUAUAUUAAUGUACAAAGUGUUCUCAUUUCACUGCAAAUUAUUAUGCAAAAGUAAGGUUCUAAUCUUUGUGUUCAGAAACUGCUGAAUAUGGCUGCUUUCGUCAGCCACAGACACCAACUGGAGUAAAGGCACAUUGAUUAGGUAACUGCAGGAUCGCCAGGCUCUUUUACCAGUGUAACCCGGCUGUUUUGGGAAACGUGGAUUGGAUUUUUGCUUACGGCUAGGGUAAAACUGUAAAAAAGGGAUGUUUCUGUUUGUUUUAAUAUUGUGAGCUAUUUUUAUGGGUACAGAAAUACAGAGAAUAAUGAUACUGCUC